AUGUCUCCCCUCCGCAGCAUCCUCACCGUCCACACCUCACUCCUCUUCGAUCCUAUUCAGAAAUCAUUUCUUGAGAAUGUCUCGGUCGAGGUCAACACCGUGACUGGUGCCAUUAUCCGUCUCCAUCACCGGAACACGCCGGAUCUCACUAGCCCCUUGUCAAACCGUGACAUCGACCUCCGCGGCAAACGACCGCUACCACUCCCUAACAAAUGCGCCACGAGUCCGCCGUCGAGCGGAUCGUGUGCGCCUACUACUACGCCCCGCGCGGCCCUCAUGGCCGGCUACACGACGUACCGCGACCUGGGCACGGAAGCCCUCGGCAACGCCGACGCCAACUUCCGCGACUGUGUCAACCGCGGCCUGACGCCCGGCCCGCGCCUCUUCGUCGCCACCGAGGCCCUCGCCAGCUCCGGCGGCUACGAGAUCCGCACUGAGAGCAAGCUCGCGCAUGGCGGGCCGUUGGGGCUGAGCCUGCCGCGCGCGGCCGAUCUCGUGGAUGGGGUGUGGGGGGUGAGGGGGGGCGUGAGGAGGCGGGUCGGGGAGGGGGCCGAUGUGCUCAAGUUUUAUGCGGAUUAUCGGAGGCGGGUCAUGCGCUUCCCGCCCGAUGUGCGCGGGCCAGGGGGCACGGUGCUGUUCCCGCCCGAUCGGAGGGAAAGGAACCCCGCGGUGGUGCUGUUUUCGCAGGAGGAGAUGGAUGCGAUUGUCGUGGAGGCCAAGUUGGCGGAUAUCCCCGUCGCGGCGCACGCUGCGGAGACGAGUACUGCGCUGAUGGCCGCGAGGGCGGGCGUCACGACGGUGGAGCAUGUGUUUGCUGAUCGGGAUGGGUGUAUGGAGGCCAUGGUGGAGGCCAUGGUUAGCAAGGGGACGAUUUGGGUGCCUACGCUCGCGACGGCCGAGGAGGGGUUUGAGGAGGAGAAGUACAACAGGUGCAAAGCCGCCGUCAAGGCGGCGUUUGAGAAGGGCGUGAGGGUCGCCACGGGCGGUGACACUGGGGUUUUUAACCAUGGCCUGAACUGCAGGGAGAUGGAGAUCAUGAUCGAGGCGGGCAUUCCGCUCGAGGAUGUCCUGGUGGCGGCCACGCAUACCGGGUGGCAUGCCUGCGGCGGCGACGCCUCGGGGUUCCGGUUCGGGUGGUGGGACGAGGGCAACCGAGCCGACAUCGUCGCCCUGGACACCGACCCGCGGAAGGAUGCCAAGGCGUUUCGGAAGGUCAACUUCGUCAUGAAGGACGCCCGGGUGUGGAAGCGGGAUGGCCAGCCCGUGGAUAUGGUGCCUGCCUCUGCCUGGCAGGAGGAGGCUGCGCUGUCGAUCGAUGAAGAGAGCGCGCGGUGCAAGCAGCAGACGGUGAAGGUCUCGAACCACGUGGCGCUGAGCAUCCGCGGCUCGGGGAACCCGACUCCGGCUGCGUCUGAUGUGGGCUGGGAAACUGACUCCUUCGACGUCAAGCUUGCUUGA